GUGACUCUCAAUCUUUAUUUGCAGAGGAGCGCUCGUCCCGUUAUUCUCUGUAAUAAUUUUUUUAUCAAUAAUUUUUCUGUUUUUCGAAUAGACAAAUUACUGAUUUCGGCGGAAUAGGCAAAGCCCAGAGUGGCAUUGCCAGCCAAUCUGUAGAAAUGUCAUAAAUAUGGUGUAAAGAAGCGAGUUUUCCAGUCGGUGGGCGAUUUUUUUCUUCAUCAUUAAGAAUCACCGGGAGGAAUUUCUCUGUUUUAUCAAACGCAAGUAUGUCAGGAAAACAUUUCAACGUGCACGAAGUGGGCUGUUGCAUCAAAUACUUCAUAUUUGGAUUUAAUAUUAUAUUUUGGCUGCUGGGGGCGGCGUUCCUGUCCGUGGCUCUGUGGGCCUGGAGUGAGAAGGGGGUUCUCUCCAACAUAUCCUCCAUCACAGAUCUGGGCGGGUUUGAUCCAGUGUGGCUGUUUCUUGUGGUGGGUGGAGUGAUGUUCGUGCUCGGCUUCGCAGGAUGCAUCGGUGCUCUGAGGGAAAAUGCCUUUCUACUUAAGUUUUUUUCCGUUUUUCUAGGAAUCAUAUUUUUCCUGGAGUUGACCGCGGGAGUCUUGGCGUUUGUCUUUAAGGACUGGAUUAAAGACCAGCUCAAGUUCUUCAUCAACAACAAUAUUAGAGCAUACAGAGAUGACAUUGACCUACAGAAUCUCAUCGACUUCACACAAGAUUAUUGGGAGUGUUGUGGAGCCUUUGGGCCUGAAGACUGGAAUCUGAACAUUUACUUUAAUUGUACUGACACUAAUCUGAGCAGAGAGAAAUGUGGGGUUCCCUUUUCCUGCUGCACCAAGGACCCUGCUGAGGAUGUGAUAAACACACAGUGUGGAUAUGACAUUCGAGCGAAAGAUGACAACGAACAGAAGAUGUUUAUACACACAAAAGGAUGUGUACCACAGUUUGAGAAAUGGUUACAGGAGAAUUUAACCGUAGUUGCCGGAAUCUUCAUAGGAAUUGCACUUCUGCAGAUAUUUGGGAUCUGCCUGGCACAGAAUCUUCUGAGUGACAUUGAGGCGGUCAGGGAGAGCUGUUUGUUCACCUGAAGCACUCGAGCCGUUCUGCAGACAGAUCCUCCAUUUCUCUGUCAGUCAGCAGUAGGGUUGGCACAUUGUCAUCACAGUAUCCUAGCAACCAGUGAGGGAUUCCAUUCACAUACCUCCUUUAUAUUUCAAUGUACAGCGACAUCUUCAUGUUUUGCUUUGAUUUGCUUUUAAUCCUUCAAGUACAAAAU